UCCCACUCAAAAAUCUCUCUCUCUCUCUCUCUCUCUCUCUCCAAAGGCCUGCAAUUUCAAUGUCAGACACCUUCAUCAGCCGCCAUGAAUACCAUUCCAUGGAAUCUGAAGCCUCCCAAAUGCAAGACCUCUCAUUUCCUUAUGAAAAUCUCGCCCCUUGCAAACCAAAAACCAGCACUUGGUUCUCCUCAGAAACAGGAAUCUACACCAGCAAACACAAUCCCAUCAAAAUCCCUUCAGACCCAUUUCUAGACAUUGUCUCCUUCAUCUUCUCCCACAAACACCACGGCCUUUCGGCUCUCGUAGAUUCCCCAUCUGGGCAUUCAAUCUCAUACACCCAACUACAAGAACUUGUGAAAUCGAUGGCCUCUGGCCUCCACAGCAUUGGAAUCUCACAAGGGCAUGUAGUUUCAAUCCAAUUGCCAAACACUAUCUACUUUCCUGUUAUUUACUUGGGCGUCCUGUCCGUGGGUGCCAUCGUCACUACCAUGAAUCCUCUGAGCAGUUUCACCGAAAUCCAGAAACAGAUGGCUGAUUGUAAUGUAGUUCUCGCUUUUACUGUUUCUGGGUGUCUUGAAAAAUUGAAGAGAACGGGUGUUCGAGUGGUUGUCAUUCCAGAGAGUGUAGAAUCCGAUUCAAACUCGUCUGAGUUCAGCUGUUUUAAUGGGCUUCUUUCCAGUAAUCCCGAAUUUGCCCCGACGCCCAUCAUUAGACAGAAGGAUACAGCGGCCUUGCUCUAUUCUUCAGGCACUUCGGGCGUUAGCAAAGGUGUCAUUAUAACACACGCGAAUUUGAUUGCCGCGGUCGAGCUGUUCGUUCGGUUCGAAGUUUCUCUGUAUGAGAACCCAGGUUGGGAGAAUGUGUAUUUGGCUGCCCUGCCGAUGUUCCAUGUGUAUGGCCUUUCGCUUUUCGCAAUGGGGUUGUUAUCGGUGGGGGCCACGGUUGUGGUGAUGAGGAGAUUCAAUGCUGAUGAGAUGGUUAGAUCGAUAGAUAGAUAUAGAGUUACACACAUUCCGGUUGUCCCACCAAUCGUGACCGCCCUCAUGGAAGCGAAGGGCAGAUGCAGCCAUGUCUUUGGGUCUCUGAAGCAGGUGUCUUGUGGAGCAGCCCCUUUGAGCAAGAAGACCAUUGAAGAGUUUUUGCAGAGCUUCCCUCACGUAGACUUCAUUCAGGGCUAUGGCAUGACGGAAUCAACUGCAGUAGGAACUCGGGGCUUCAAUACUAAAAUGAUUAGGAAGUAUACUUCUGUAGGACUGUUAGCUCCGAACAUGGAAGCUAAAGUGGUAGAUUUGAAUACUAGAGCCUGCUUGCCUCCUGGCAAGACUGGCGAGUUAUGGCUACGGGGACCUGGUAUCAUGAAAGGGUACUUAAAUGAUGCAAAGGCAACAUCUUCCACAAUCGACGAAGAUGGCUGGUUACAUACAGGCGAUGUUGUACAUUUUGAUCUAGAUGGGUUCUUGUAUGUAUUGGAUCGCUUGAAGGAGAUGAUCAAAUACAAGGGAUUUCAGGUUGCCCCAGCUGACUUAGAAGCUAUACUAAUUUCUCAUCCCGGGAUUCUCGAUGCUGCAGUGAUUGCUGCCAAAGUUGAAGAAGUUGGUGAGAUACCCGUGGCAUUUGUGGUCAAGAAACCUGGAAGUGUGCUUUCCCAAGCAGAUGUGAUCGACUACGUAUCCCGACUGGUUUCUCCUCACAAGAAGGUGAGGAAGGUGGUGUUUAUACAUUCCAUUCCAAGGUCUGCUGCAGGAAAGAUACUUAGGAAACAGCUAAGAAACCAAGGAAAUGCAAGAAUGUAAAUCGCUACACUAGCCAUUCUCAAAUGGUACAUGAUAUUGUUGUUGUAGUAAUUGUGGUUACAAUAUUUUGGUUUUCUACCUAUAUCCUAGUGACUGUUGGAUGCCGUGAAGACUUGCAUCAUCUGUCACAGACACUUGCCAAACUUCGUAUGUGCAUACCUCACAACAAAAUGGUGUUGUAAAGAGAAAAGUAGGCAUAUGUUGGGGGUAUGUCGAGGUUUCAUGCUCAAUAUGGAUGUUCCAAAGAGGUUCUACUACUAUUGGUGCGACUCUCCCAUCUUAUUACCUAUUGGUGCUACUCCUAAGUUUCCCCUAAUGCAUUUAUUCCAAUUUUAUCAUUCCUCAUCUUGCCACUCAUCCAUCUCAACAUCUUCAUUUCAACUACAUUCAUCCUAUGAAUAUGUUGUCCCUUAAUUGCCCAACAUUAUUUCCCAUAAAGCAUGGUUGGGUUAUCCUAUAAAUUUUCCCUUUCAGUUUCCAGCAUACGACGAUCACGGAAAACUCCGCAAGCACAUUACUAUUUCUUCCACCCAGCUCGAAUUCUAUGGGCAACAUCCUUCUCAAUCUCUCCUAUCUCAUGAAUUAUUGACCCAAGAUAUCGAAAGUGGUCAUUUGGGGAAACUUUUUGGUCAAAAAUAUGGGCUAAUUUUCACUCUUAUUGUUACUAAAAUUACACUUCGUAUACUUUUGUUUUAGUUCGGUUAAUUUAAAAUCCUUUAUAUUCUAAAGCACCCCUAUAUAAAUCCA